UGGAAUAUUAUGAAAGGAAAAAGAAGUUGAGGGCAAGAAGAUCAAGAAGAAGAAGAACAGAAGAAAAUUUGCCCUCUUUUUCUUUCCGCAGAGUGGCAGGUGUGCUUUUGAUCUUCAAUGGCACUUAUGCUCGACAACUGUGAAGGAAUUUUGCUGUCUUUAGACUCGCACAAAUCGGUCCCAGCUCCAUUUCUUACCAAAACAUACCAAUUGGUUGAUGAUCCCACCACCGACCACAUUGUCUCUUGGGGUGAAGAUGAUACAACUUUCAUCGUUUGGAGGCCGCCGGAGUUCGCCCGAGAUCUCCUCCCUAACUAUUUCAAGCAUAAUAACUUCUCUAGUUUUGUCAGGCAACUCAAUACCUAUGGUUUUAGGAAGAUUGUACCUGACAGAUGGGAGUUCGCAAAUGAGUUUUUCAAGAAAGGAGAGAAGCGUUUACUCUGCGAAAUCCAUAGAAGAAAAUCAGCUCAGCCGCAAGUAGCCAUUAAUCACCACAAUCAUCAUCACCCACAUUCUCCUCUUGGUGUUAAUGGGCCCAGUUUCUUUCCAUUUUCAAGCCGAGUUAGCAUCUCGCCAUCUGAUUCAGACGAACAACCCAACAACUGGUGUGACUCGCCACCUCUCUCUUCGCCGAGAGGAGGGGCUAAUGCUUCAGUUAGUAAUGGAGGUGGAUACAACAGCUCAGUCACUGCCUUAUUAGAGGAUAACGAGAGACUAAGGAGAAACAAUAAUAUUCUUGUGUCUGAGCUUGCACACAUGAGAAAGCUUUACAAUGAUAUCAUAUACUUUGUCCAAAAUCACGUCAAGCCUGUGACGUCGAGCAAUUCCUAUCCUUCUUCUCUGCUUCUUUGUGCCCCAACAUCUACAGCUAAUCCUUUUUCUUCUAACGGUUCUCUGAUACAAAAGCCAUUAAACCAGCUUUUUGGAUGUUACCCUUCCACUAACACUAAGCAAAUUCCUCAAGUUCAAGUUUUAAACUCUCCUAGUACAACUUCAAAGAGCUCUUUAACAGUUCUUGAAGAUUCCAACAACAAUAGCUGCAAGACGAAGUUGUUUGGCGUCCCUUUGCAAUCCAAGAAAAGAUUGCACUCGGAGUGUGGUUCUAAUUCAGGAAACAUGGAGGCUAGUAAAGCUCGUUUGGUGUUGGAAAAAGAUGAAUUAAGGUUGAAUUUGAUGCCCCCUUCAACAUGUUAGCUAGUUUACUCAAAUCCAUUCAAAGGUCUGAGGUUUUUGCCAUUUUUUAGAUGUCCUCACCAUCUCAUUUAGAUUUUUCUUGUUCGAUUUCCAUGUUCUUUAGAGUUUGAGAGUCAUCUGAGAUGAUAGUGUUGAUUAAAUAUGUGUGUGGGUGCGUGUCGGAUUUGUGACUUUGUAUAUAUAAAUUUAAUUAGUGGCAGGUAUUAUUGUCUUGUUUUCCCCAGCCAUGAAUGUAAGUGAUCAAAAGAUUAACAUUCAGUCACCAACUCCAUCUUCCUGUAGACAUGUCGCUUGGUUUUGGUUGGUGCAAUUUAUUGCUCUUUCUAUUA